CGAGUGCCACUCAUGAAAAGUCCAUCUCACUUGGGUCACUUCACUCUGCGAGUCAAUCGGCUCUAUAACGAAGACAAGUACUCAGCAAAUGUACUUCUGCUUCCAGACGACAAGACAGUUUUCAACUUCAAUAUUUUUGACGGCCAUGGCGGUGACCAAUGUCUGACGUACCUUCUGAACAACCUUUCGCAGGGAAUCGAAGAUGCCACAACUUUGCUCAACGACGCUGCAAGUCGUGACAAGUUGAUAGAGACUUACUGGAAAAACAUCGGAGGAUACUGGAAACGGUGGUAUAAACAUCGAAACGAAAAUUUCGAAGUAAUGAAGGCCUUCGACGAUUUGCAUUUACGUCUUCCUUUGGCAUUUCUCAAUACAGACUACAACUUCUUUCUACAAGACGACAACCAGUCUGGCUCAACAUGUACUACGGCAUUGAUUCAAACAGUACAUUCGGAGCCUGGAGCGUUCCAACCGGUGUAUGAGAACUAUUUCUUCAAUCGUAAAACAAUCUCGAAGUUGACCAUAGCACAUGUGGGAGACACCAGUGCUAUACUUGUAGACCGAGACGGUAAGGCUCAUACGCUUACCCAGUCUCACCAUCCCUCCAACCCUAGUGAAGCUUCCAGGUUGCGUAAGUACGCUGCCAACUUCUUCAUGACCGAUUCGUUUGGGGAAGAACGGUUCAUAGCUUUAGCUAAUACCAGAGCUUUUGGGGACAUCAACUUCAAGCAGAUGGGCGUAACGGCAGAACCAGAAGUGACUGAAUAUAUAAUUGGCGAUGCUCAAACUAUUCAGCAGGAUUUUCUCAUUCUUGUGACAGACGGAGUUACCGACGUUUUGACUGAUCAAGAAAUCGCCGACAUCGUCAUGGUUCAUUUCAAUUUGAAGGGCCACGAUAUAGCAUCACCACAGAUGGGUGCCGAGGAAGUAAUCAAAUUCGUAGAGUACGUUGGAGGCAGUGACAACGCGACCUGUUUGAUAAUACGGUUGAACGGAUGGGGUAAAUGGCCUGUCAUAGACCGAACAGGUGAACUCAGACAGGAACGGUUGAACGACUUCAAUCCACGCGGAAGAAACUAG